GUCGUCAUGCUGGUGCCCGUGUUCACGCUGAAGCUCAACCACAAGAUCCUGCCCCGCAUGGUGGCGCUGGGCCGGUACGACGGGACCCACCCCUGCCUGGCGGCCGCCACGCAAGCGGGCAAGGUUUUCAUUCAUAACCCUCAUGCCCGAGGGCAGAGAACAAGUGCACACCGAAUGGUGCAGAGUACCCAAGACUCGGACGUUUCCCUUCUCAGCAUUAACCAGGGCAUCACUUGUCUGGCCUCAGGGGUGCUGGACCCUCAGCUUGGUUAUGAUUGCCUCCUGGUUGGGACUCAGACCAAUUUGUUGGCCUAUGAUGUACAUAACAACUCAGAUAUGUUUUACAGAGAGGUUUCAGAUGGAGCCAAUGCAAUAGUCCUUGGAAAGCUGGGGGACUUUUCCUCUCCACUUGCUAUUAUUGGUGGAAACUGUGCCCUGCAGGGCUUUGAUCAUGAAGGAAAUGACCGGUUUUGGACAGUUACUGGAGACAAUGUUCGUUCACUGGCACUGUGUGACUUCGAUGGGGAUGGCAGAAAUGAGCUCCUUGUGGGUUCAGAAGAUUUUGACAUCCGGGUGUUUAAAGAGGAUGAGAUCAUGGCAGAAAUGUCUGAGACAGAGACCGUCACCGCGCUGAGCCCCAUGCGCGGCAGCCGCUUCGGCUAUGCCCUGUCCAACGGCACCGUCGGCGUUUACGACAGGACUGCUCGCUACUGGAGGAUUAAGUCCAAGAACCAUGCCAUGAGCAUACAUGCCUUCGACCUGAACUCUGAUGGGGUGUGUGAGCUGAUCACUGGCUGGUCCAAUGGGAAGGUCGAUGCGCGCAGCGACCGAACUGGAGAGGUCAUCUUUAAGGACAAUUUUUCAUCCUCCAUUGCAGGAGUGGUGGAAGGGGAUUACAGAAUGGAUGGCAGCACCCAGUUAAUCUGCUGCUCAGUCGAUGGUGAAGUCCGAGGCUAUCUGCCAGGAGGUGAAGAGAUGAAAGGAAACCUGAUGGAUACAAGUGCUGAGCAGGAUCUGAUCCGAGAGCUUAGUCAAAAGAAACAGAAUCUGCUGCUGGAAUUAAGAAACUAUGAGGAGAAUGCAAAGGCUGAAAGCAGCACUCAGCUGAAGGAAGCUGAUGGGCAGAGGGGUGUGAUCCCAGCGAGCACCCAGCUCCUGACAAGCCUCUCGGUUAAUCUGGGCUCUGACAGCCAAUCUGCCCACGUGGAGCUGUGUGUUUCCACCAGCAAUGACACCAUCAUCCGCGCCGUGCUGAUCUUUGCCGAGGGCAUCUUCGAAGGGGAGAGCCACGUUGUCCACCCCAGCCUCCAGAACCUCUCAGCCUGCAUUCGGGUUCCACUCACUCCACCCAAAGAUAUCCCUGUGGAUUUGCACAUCAAAGCCUUUGUGGGUUACAGGAACAGCACACAGUUCCAUGUCUUUGAGCUGACCAAGCAGCUGCCUCGCUUCGCUAUGUACGCCCUGAGCAGCCCGGACUCGGCCCCUGAGCCCCUCAGCUACGUCAACUGUGCAACCAACGAGAGGCCACAGAGAAUUGUGAUGUGGCUGAAUCAGAGCUUCCUGCUCCCAGAGGAUGCAGAGUUUCAGAGUCCUCCCUCCCAGGUUUGCUUCACCUCCCUUCGCAACGCAGGGCAGCUCUGCCUCAAAAUCAAGCCUGGAGGAGAGAUUUCCAUCAACACAGAUGACAUCGACCUAGCUGGUGACAUCAUCCAGUCAAUGGCUUCCUUUCUGGCCAUCAAAGAUCUGCAGGUGGAAGCAGAUUUCCCUGCAUACUUUGAGGAGCUGAGAAAAGUCCUGGUCAAGGUGGAUGAACACCAUGCAGUCAAUCAGAGGCUCACUGCUGACAUGGCUGAACACUCCAACCUGAUCCGCAGCAUGCUGGUCCAGGCAGAAGAUGCACGGCUCCUGGGAGACAUGAAGAACAUGAAGGGAAGGUACAUGGAGCUCUAUGAUCUCAACAGAGAUUUGAUCAACCAGUACAAGAUCCGUUGCAACAACCACACCGAGCUGCUGAACAACCUCAAAGCUGUCAACCAGGCCAUCCAGAGGGCUGGGCAGCUACGUGUUGGCAAAGCCAAGAGCCAGGUGAUCAGUGCCUGUCGGGAUGCCAUACGGAGCAACAACUUCAAUAUGCUCUUCAGGAUCAUGCGUGUGGGAACAGCCUCUUCCUAGAGCAACCUGGGCAGCAGUGCUGGCACCUUGGCAGCAGAUAGUGGACCAGUGACAAUGAGUGCUUAGCUCCAUUCCCUGCUCCUCUGGGGAGUGAAUUCAUGGCAGAGGUAGCGUUCUAGUUAAGCCAGCAGGUGAGAGAUCAGCUGCUGGUGAGGGGUUGGAAGGAGCCUCUGGAGGUCAUUGGGUCCAACCCCUCCCUACCAGAGCAGGUUCACCUAGAAAAGGUCACACAAAAACACAUCUAGGUGGGUUUGGAAUGUCUCCAGAGUUGGAGACUGAAGCUUUCUCCAGUGCUCAAUCACCCUUAAAGAAGUUCCUCCUGCUGUUUAGAUGGAACUUCUUAGGUUCAAGUCUCCAGAGUUGGAGACUGAAGCUUGCUCCAGUGCUCAAUCACCCUUAAAAUAAAGAAGUUCCUCCUGCUGUUUAGAUGGAACUUCUUAGGUUCAAGUCUCCAGAGCUGGAGACUGAAGCUUGCUCCAGUGCUCAAUCACCCUUAAAAUAAAGAAGUUCCUCCUGCUGUUUAGAUGGAACUUCUUAGGUUCAAGUCUUUGUCUGUUAGCCCUUGCCCUGGGCAUCACUGAGAAAGGCCUGGUGCCACCCUCCUGAUGUUUAUAUGCAGGCCAAAGCUUGGUGGAGCAAGCAGCAGAGGUGAAGUGCAGGUAUAUUUAUGCAAGGUAGAGCUGUAGAACCUUGGCAGAGUUAUUUUUUCUUACCCUAACUUAUUUAUGUAUGUUAAUAGGUUUUGUAGUUAAGGCACCAACUUUUUCCAUUAAAAUACAGACUGGUU